AUGGAUGCCAUCUCCGGUGACAUUGAGUUCACUUGUGGCACGCAGAAAUGUUGCCAACGCAUUUCGCAGCUGCCCAAUACCGCGGGUUAUGUCUACACGUUUGUACACAAAACACGCGAGAACGGGCUUCCGGACUGGACGGGCGCAAUGCAUGGCUAUCAAAUCGACUACGUCUUCUGGGUGCCAUUUCCGCACAAUUUGAGCGCUAAUUUUAUGAUUACAAACAGGGCUAAGUGUGAAUAA